AUGGUAAAUGAUGCUUUUGGGGUACAUGAACCUAUUUCAGAUGAAGGCUUCCACACAGUAAAUGAAGGGGUCAGACAAAUAUAUGAAGAAAUACCAAAUGUGAACCAAACUAGGAAUGUAACAGAUGAGUUUUAUGAGUUAUCAAAUGAUGGUCAACAACCUCUUUAUGAAGGGUGUGAAAAUUAUUCAAAGCUAUCAUUCAUAUUGAAAUUGUACCACAUCAAGUGUCUAUAUGGGAUGAGUGAUAAGGCCAUGACAAUGAUAUUGGAGUUGCUACGUGAUGCAUUUCCCCAUAUAAAAAUUCCAAGCUCUUUUUAUGAUGCAAAAAAAACCAUCACGAAGCUUGGAUUGAACUAUGAUAAAAUACAUGCAUGCCCAAAUAAUUGCAUGCUUUAUUGGGGUAACACAGAAGAUGAAGGGAGACAAAAUUGCAAAAUUUGUAAUACUUUUAGGUGGAAGGAAAGAAAGGGUGGCUCAGAUGUGUUAUCCAAGGGUAAUAGAGAUAGAAGGAAGAUUCCUGCAAAAGUUGUCAGAUAUUUUCCACUGAGACCUUGUUUACAACGAUUGUUCUUGUCUUCAAAACCAGCGAAGGAUAUGAGAUGGCACAGCUUGGAUGGCAAUAAUGAUGGGCUACUGAGACAUCCAAGAGAUUCUGAAGCAUGGAAAAGAUUUGAUUCAACAAAUAGUUUGUUCGCAGCAAACCCUCGGAAUGUGUGUGUCGCAUUAACUACGGAUGGAUUUAAUCCCCAUGGAAAUAUGAGUCAAAGUUAUAGCAUUUGGCUGGUUGUUCUCAUUCCAUACAAUAUGCCACCGUGGGUGUGUAUGAAAAAUUCAUCUUUUAUCAUUUCAACAAUAAUUCCUGGUAAACAUAUGCCAGGAAAUGAUAUAGAUGUCUACUUACAACCUCUAAUACGGGAGUUAAAAGAGUUGUGGUAUGAUGGUGUUGAUACAUAUGAUUCAUAUGCACAUGAAAUGUUCAAGAUGCAUGCUGCUUUGAUGUGGACAAUUAGUGACUACCCUGGUUUGGGAAAUUUAUCUGGGUGGAAUGUCUAUACUGGGCGUGCUCGUAUACAUUGCAAUUAUGCAUCUGAUCCUUGUCGCUUGCCUCAUAGCAGGAAAUGGUGUUUCAUGAGCCAUCGACGCUUUCUUGAUGGUGGUCAUAAAUUUAGACUAAACAAGAUCAGAUUUAAUGGAGAACAAGAGUUACUCACUCCUCCUAAGUUAUUAUCAGGUGAAGAAAUUUUUGAGCAAGUUAAGGACAUUGAUGUCACAUUCGGCCGGCUUAUGGGUAGUCUAGUAAGGGGGAAAAGAAGACGUGGUGUAAGUACCUCUACAGAUGAGCAACAACAAUGGAGGAAGAAAAGCAUUUUCUUUGAGCUUCCAUAUUGGGAACGAAAUUUAUUGUGUCACAAUUUAGAUGUCAUGCAUAUAGAGAAGAAUGUGUGCGAUAAUGUUCUUUUUACAUUGUUGAAUGACAGUUCUCGCUCAAAAGAUCAUCUCAAUGCUCGCAAGGAUCUAAAAGAUAUUGGCUGCAAAUCUGACUUAUGGCCAGAUGAAAAUGGGAAGUUUGCUCUAGCUGUCUACACAAUGAGUAAGCAAGGGAAGAAGCUAUUUUUAAGCACUCUAAAGAAUAUUAGUCUGCCAGAUGACUAUGCAAGGAACACUCCUCGGUGCAUUGAUAUUAAUAAUCUAAAAAUUGUUGGCACAUUGAAAAGUCAUGACAGUCAUAUACUUUUACAAUAG